CUACCAUUCUCCCUUUCUCCUUCUCCUUUUCUCCUUCUCCCUUUCUCCUACUCCUUCUCUCCUUCUCCUUCUACCAUUCCCCUUCUCUCCCUCUCCCUUUCUCCUUCUCCUUCUCUCCUUCUCCUUUUCUCCUACUCCUUCUCUCCUUCUCCUUCUCCCCUUCUCCUUCUCCUUUUCUCCUACUCCUUCUCUCCUUCUCCUUCUCCCCUUCUCCUUCUCUCCUUCUCCCUUUCUCCUUCUCCUUCUCUCCUUCUCCCUUUCUCCUUCUCCUUCUCUCCUUCUCCUUCUCCCCUUCUCCUUCUCCCUUUCUCCUCCUCCUUCUUCCAUCUUCUUUCCUACUUUUUACCUCUCUCUCCUACUUCCUUCCCCCGUUCCCUCUCUUCCUAUAUACUUUCUCCUACUCUAUUCCUCCUUUUCUCCUCCUCCCCUCUUCCUUUACUCUUCUAUCCACAUUUUCCCUUUCUCGUUCUUACUUCCUACUUCCUACUUCUACUUUAUUCCUCCGUCUCAUUAUUUAUCGCCUUUCUCCAUUCUUUAUUCUUAAUUCUCCCUCUAACUUCUCCCUCUUCUUCCCUUCUUGUAACUCUUAACUCGUUCGUUGUGGCUGUCCAUCUUCCCUCGAUCUCGUCGUCGUGGAUGUCCAUCUUCCCUCGAUCUCGUCGUCGUGGCUGUCCAUCUUCCCUCGAUCUCGUCGUCGUGGCUGUCCAUCUUCCCUCGAUCUCGUCGUCUUGUC